CGCACGUCUCGAACUCCCAAAAAUAAAGCAAAAGCGCAACCGGCCGUAGGGGAGCAAACGCAGCGACUAAAGCAGCAGCCUAAGCAAAUCAAGCAUCUUGGUGGUGGUGGUGGUGAAGGAAAUGGUGGGGUGGCGGGUGUUGGAAGCAUUUCUACCGUUGGGAAUCAUAGCCGGCAUGCUUUGCGUGAUGGGGAAUGCUCAGUACUUUAUCCACAAAGCCGCCCAUGGCCGGCCGAAGCACAUCGGCAACGACGUCUGGGACGUGGCCAUGGAAAGACGGGACAAGAAGCUUAUGGAGAUCCUAUCCUCUCCUUCUACUCCUAAUUAACAACCCAACCCAGGAAGCACUAUUGGUGGAGUUUUUGGAAAUAAGUUACUCUUCAAGGUUCCCAGAUAUUGAAGUUGUAUGCAAACAAGUUGAAUUGUUGUCUCCUUCUGCAGCUUUCUUUAAGCUUUUGAACUUAGAAAAAAAAAGCAUUCAUCAAGCUGAUGUUGAUUAUGUGAAUUUGAUGGAUGAUAAAAUGACUAUAGAUGUUUGAAUAAUGUAGUACUUAACCUAUGUUUUAGUUUUACCCUAGGUCGAAUUUCCAUAGACUUUGUUGCGAUA